UCAAUAUAAUUUCAAAAAACCCCUAAACAAUUUGAGUCAUUCUCCAAUGAAGUUCGUGUCAUUAUUUAAAUAGUAAAAUUCUAUAUAAAAUAUAAUUAGAGGUAUUUCGUGAACAGCAGAACAACAUUGUUGGUGUGCAAGUAGAGUGAAGGAGAGAUAAAGUGUCAAAUAAAUCAAAAUAAUAAAAUAAACAAUAUUUCUUUGUUUUAAUAAAGAAAUAAUUACGUAUUAACAUAUCGGAAAAAAGUUAUAAAUUUAUUAAGAAAAAGCUUAAAGCAAAAAGAUUUUUUUUUCAAAACAGCAACAAAUAUGACUUCAUUGAUAACUACAGCAUUAUUUUUAGGACUACUAAUUUCCCUCAACUACAACUUCAUAAUGGCCGGUACAAUUGCUCCCUCAGAAUCGGCAAGUCGCAAUCUAUUCGCUGCCGAUUUAUUUUCCGUUAUUGUGGAUAAGAAAUCUUCAGAAAACAUAGUCUAUUCACCAGCCUCCAUACAGACUUGCCUGGCCUUAGCCUAUAACGGUGCCGAAGGUGAGACAGCCGAAGAAAUGCGUAAGGUCUUAAAACUGGGUCAAGGCAAUAAAACACAUGUUGCUGAAAAAUAUGGUGAAUUUUUAAAAACAGCAUUUAAACAAACUAAAGCCAACGAAAAAGCACCACAAUUAAAAAUGGCCAAUCGUUUGUAUGUGAAUGAUCACCUUAAGGUAAAGACACAAUUUAAUAAGAUCGCCCAAGACUUUUUUGACUCACAGGCGGAAAAUGUAGACUUUAGUCAAAGCCAAAAGGUUGUGGAAAAAAUCAAUAAUUGGGUGGCCCAACAGACAGAAAAUAAAAUAAAAGAUCUCUUGCAAGCGGAUGCUGUAGAUGGUGAUACUAGUGCUGUUUUGGUAAAUGCCAUCUAUUUUAAGGCCAAAUGGUUACAUCCCUUUAGUGAAGCCACAACCAGUAAAGCAACUUUCCACCUAAACUCAAAACAAAAUAUGGAAGUGGAUACCAUGUAUACAGAUGAUCGUUUUGGUUAUGUUGAAUUACCCGAAUUGCAAGCAACAGCCUUGGAAAUGCCCUAUGAAAAUUCCGAUAUUUCUAUGUUAAUUAUACUACCCAAUGAGAUUGAGGGCUUGGAAAAGUUGGAAAGCAAACUAAGGGGUGUGGACUUGAAUGAUAUCACCUCAAAGAUGUUUGUAAAGAGUGUAGAUGUAUUUUUGCCCAAAUUUCGUUUAGAAUUUGAUAUUAAUCUAAAGGAACCCUUAAACAAGUUGGGCUUGUCCUCAAUAUUUUCUCAAAGUGCCAAUUUCAGUAGUUUGUUUGAUAGCCCAGUGCCUCAGAGAAUAUCGGAGGUUAAACAUAAAGCAUUUUUGGAUGUUAAUGAAGCUGGCUCUGAGGCUGCUGCUGCCACUUAUAUGAAAAUUGUACCCAUGAGCUUAAAUUUGGACCAGCAAACUUUCCGUGCCGAUCAUCCAUUUGUUUUCGCCAUACGCAGCAAAACUGCUGUUUAUUUUGCCGGCCACGUUGUAAAGUUUUAAUAUUGACCAAUGAUGCAUUUGAUGAAAUAUAUGUAUAAAUAUUCUGUAA